UGCCAAAACACUCGUAAACCUCAAUUCGGGAAACCGAGCACAGAAAAGUAUGCAGAACACAGGGCGAGAUAAAAGGAGUAGACUAAUAGGGCCACACGAAUACCAUAGGUGGCACUCUAAGCACCUUAAGUUGGUUGCGAUCGGCCAAUACAAAUUUGAAGAAGAAGAAGAAGAAGAAGAAGAAGAAGAAGAAGAAGAAGAAGAAGAAGAAGAAGAAGAAGAAAUAGACCUCACCUACCUGUUACAUGUAUUCAUGCUCCGUACUCUGCGCGCAACGACAUUGCAACUUUAUCCCUGUCUUGAUUGAAAGUGGAACAUAUAAUAAAUAAUGUGCAGAUAUAGUUAAGGGCAAAAUAAACGUUGGUUUGACAUCGACACAGAAUAUGCAUGUUUUGGACACUCCAUAAAAGUGCCUUCGAAGUCUUGGUAUCCAUCCCUGCUGUAUCAUUCCCUGUGGCUGACCUCUCUGCUCCAGCAUGUCUCGAGUGUCCUCCACCCCCAGGUACAGCCCCAGCUCCAACCCCCUGGGCUACUACAGCACUUAUGAGCCCACCAUGAGCUACCCCCAUAGGGGAUCAGAGCUUCUCCACCUCCCGUUCCCAUCUUCCAUGUGCGCCAUCUCCACCUCCAGGAACCUGGGCCUCACCAGCCACAACCACAGAGGGCCAGAGAGGGGGAGAGCCCAGCUACCCCUCCCCAGGAUCGAGGUCCCCCAGGCAAGUCGGCGCAGUGAAAGCUUCAGCCGAGCCCUGUGUGCCACCAACAAAUGGCGGCCGGUUGGGGAGCGUAUUAACACCAAUGGGAGUAGUAGGGGUCUCUCGCCGACUCGUCCGGCGUACCUUAUGGUGUCCACCUCGCCCUUGUCCCACCGGCAUCGCUUGAUCAGCCAGUCGAUCCUCACCCAGGACCUGGCCUCCAUGGGGCUGUCUGACCAGCAGCCCUGCCCUGCCAUCAGAGGACGGAGUCCAGCCAGAGCUGAUUACUAUAGCUUUCCCUACUGGGUCUCUGAGAACUCCAAGAGUCCUCAAGGCCUGGUGGGACUGAGAAACCUGGGCAACACAUGUUUCAUGAACUCAAUCCUGCAGUGUCUGAGCAACACCCCUGACCUGAGGGACUACUGUCUGAGGAACACGCACCGCACCGACCUCAACAACAACUGCAGGGCCAAGGCCGCUCUCAUGGAGGAGUUUGCCAAACUCACUCAGACCCUAUGGACGUCAGUCAGCAGCGAGGCCAUCAGUCCCUCAGACUUCAAGACCCAGAUCCAGAGAUACGCGCCCAAAUUUGUGGGAUACAAUCAGCAGGACGCUCAGGAGUUCCUGCGUUUCCUAUUGGACGGCCUCCACAACGAGGUCAACCGGGUCACAGUGCGGCCCAGGCUCCCGGCCGAGGACAUUGACCACCUCUCUGACAAUGAGAAAGGGAAGAAAAUGUGGAACAAAUACCUAGAGAGAGAGGACAGCAAAGUGGUCGAUCUGUUUGUUGGCCAGCUGAAGAGCUCUCUGACCUGCAGUGAGUGUGGUUACUGCUCCACAGUGUUCGAUCCAUUCUGGGACUUGUCACUACCCAUCGCUAAGAAAGGUUCAGGGGAGGUGAGUCUGACAGACUGCAUGCGAUUCUUCACCAAAGAAGAUGUACUGGAUGGAGAUGAGAAACCGACAUGCUGCAGGUGUAAAGCCAGAAGGAAAUGCACGAAGAAGUUCACCAUCCAGAAGUUCCCCCAGAUCCUUGUGCUUCACCUCAAGCGCUUCUCAGAGAACCGCAUCCAAACCAGUAAACUCUCUACCUAUGUCAACUUCCCCCUCAAAGAGCUGGACAUGAGGGAAUUUGCUUCCGAGAACAGCAUGAAUGCAGUGUAUAAUCUCUAUGCGGUGUCCAACCACUCUGGGAACACACUGGGUGGCCACUACACAGCCUACUGCAGGAACCCAGCCCUGGGGGAGUGGUACAGCUACAAUGACUCCAGGGUGAGCCCCAUGUCAUCCAGCCAGGUCCGCAGCAGUGAUGCCUACGUGCUCUUCUACGAGCUGGCCUCCUCCUCUCAUUCACGCCUGUGAAGCUACAUGUCAUGGACAUAUAGGCUACGUAAAGCCUGGCACCCUGGUCAUACGGUUAAUGUAUGGACUACAUAGAUCUACACAGCGCCUGGAUCCUAUGCAACGAGCCUAAAAGGCCUGUGCCUGAUAGUUGACUUUUGAGCCUUGCUCUGUAUAUAUGUAUACAGUAGCCCUUGGCACCAUGGAUUUGAGCCUUGCUCUGUAUAUAUGUAUACAGUAGCCCUUGGCACCAUGGAUUUGAGCCUUGCUCUGUAUAUAUGUAUACAGUAGCCCUUGGCACCAUGGAUUCAGCUACAACACAUAGGCUGCACUGCCAGGAUACAGAUAUUGAGUUGAGGUUCAACCGUAGCGGUUCUCAUCGGGGACGUUGGGAAGAGUGGGUGUGUGCGUGCGCAGUCGCCAUGCCGACGGUGAAAAUAGUUUAUUUUUUAUGCACUACAACGAGGUCUCGGAAGACCGUAAGCCGGAGUUUCGUCAUUCACUUCAAGGUCACCACUGAGACAUGAAAGACUAUCCCUUGACCUUCCGUUCUGUAAAUGAUUCUAUUUAAAACAAACGUCACCAUAUUUGUGACGUUAUAGAUGGAUGACUGUCUAGCACCAUCUGGGGUAGAACGAGGUCAGUGUUUGUAUGUACAGUUGUAAAAGGCUUAAACAUAACUAGGAAUGACUUCAAACAGAAUUUGACCUGGGUUCCUAUACUAUUUGAAACUCUUUCAAAUACUUUGAGGCUUAAGCCUGCCUGGGGUGCCAGGCUUGCAGGGUUUGCAGAGCACGUUUGUGACUUCAUUUGUUCCAUUGCAACAGGAGAGCUUGAUAAAGCACAGCUAAAGUAUUUGUAAUGAUUUUAAAUAGUAUUUGAACCCAGGGUCAUAUUUAUUAGUGUAAAUAAUAAAGAUGGGUUUUUUGCUACAAAAACUAGAGUUUGUUAUUGGACAAAUUCAGCUAAUCCCUAACCCAUUUGGUCUGUAUUCGUCCGUUUGGUGUCUACGACCCUGAUCUGUUCAAAACAAGGACUCAAAAUGGUGUAAUUUUCUAUCUAAUAUUCAAACACUCCUGUACAGUAAAUGGCUUUGAUUAAAAGAGUAAUCUUCUCCACCUGUGCCAA